UGAUGGAGACAAUUGGAGCAGUGAUGAUACUAAAUUGAGCAUGAAAAUUUUGGCUGAGGAGAUCUUGCCUAAGAUGAAUCAAUUCGCCGCAUACGGCGGCUUCCCAGUACGCUAUCCCCAUUGGCGUUUCGGGAUGGAUUACGAACGUCUUUCAAAGAGUUAUGAAUACGGCCUAUCAAAAAUAUAUGAAAUGGUGAUUAACAAUGACCCCUGUUAUGCCUAUCUCAUGGAGGGAAAUCGCACUGUAGAUCAGAAGCUCGUGAUGGCUCAUGUGUAUGGACAUUGUGACUUCUUCAAGAACAACAAGUGGUUUGCUCCAACGGAUCGUAAGAUGAUGGACACCAUGGCUAACCACGCCACACGAAUUCGUCGGUAUAUUGACCGCUAUGGUCUCGACGAGGUCGAGAAGUUUAUUGAU